AGCAAGAAGACUCCUGGUGAGAAACCAGACAUAUCAAAACGAAAAGAUUCUACUUCAGAUGAAAAUAAGAAGAAAUUAGACUCUGAGGCAGUUAGUGAAGAGAAUGAAGAGGAACAGAAGAGAAAAAAGGAAGAGGCUGAAAGACGAAGACAGGAAAAGCUUGAAAAAAGAAAGAAAGAGAAGGAAUUAGAGAAGCAAAGAGAAAAAGAAAGGCUGGAACGGGAAAAACAGAGAGAAAAGGAAAAACUAGAAAGAGAAAAGCAAAAAGAAAAGGAAAGACAGGAAAAAGAGAGGCAAAAGGAAAAAGAGAAAAUAGAAUGGCAGAAGCACAGAGAACGUUUAAGGAAUCCUUCUAUUUUCGAUACUCUUGAGCUAUAUGACCAAGACUUAAAACUUUCAUUAACUGUUGAAGCACCUGAUAUCACGAGAUGUAUAAAUACACUUGGUAAGAUAAGUGACAUGCCCAUAACGCCUGAAGUAAUGAAAAAAUCACCAGCUAUUAUUCAAACUAUCAAAAAGAUACGAAACUAUAAACUUAGCAGUAAAGUCCGAGAGCGUGCAACAGAACUGUACAAUAAGCUGAAGUCCUUGUUUUUAGUCACUGGMACUGACACACCUAUAACAGCCACACCUGCAACACCAACAACUGCAACAACAUUAACAACAGCACAUGACACACCUGUGAGGCCAGCUCUUUCAAUGCCAACACCACUAACAACAACACAAUUACCAUUUACCCCGGUGGAGGUAAAACCAAAGCUGAAGCCAUUGCCAAAAUUAGAUAUGCCGUCUCCAAACAAAAUAGUCAACCAAGCAGCAGUUAAAACUGAAAGAGAUAUCAGACCUCAAAGCACAGAAGAGCAGAGUAACAAAGAGCUAACAUUUGAUAAAGAAAAUUCCACUUUGGACCAGAAAACUCAAAAUGGAGAGAAUAGAACUGACAGUACACAAGAUAAAAACCUGGACUUCCCCAUGCAAGACGACCAAGCGGACAUACUAACACCUUGUGAUAUGGAAAUAUCAAGCCCAAUAUGAAGUGCUGUUCAUGAAAAAAUACUAUUCUAUUAAUAUAUUAAGAAGAGUCAAUGAACUUUUCAAGACAGGGGUAUUUGGUUUAAAGAAUGAAUGAUAUAUUGGCUAAGAUAUACCUGGAAUGUCAUGGAGAUAUUCAUAUAAUAUGGACAUUGUAAAAGAUGCACUUGUACAAAAGAAUCUACCAAGAAACAGAAUUUUUCUGUUACAAGACAAAAGAUGGUCAUUAAUUGCUGUACUGUUACAGGCAGUGGUUAUGUCUGUAGUGUUAACAUACUGUAAUAUGCAUCAUUGGAAUCUGAAGGAACUUCAUUUUUAAAUUCUCAAUAUCAUUGCAUCAAUAUUUAAGUGAAACUUUAAUUCAAAAUAAUUGUCAGUGUUUAAAAGUGCAUGUGUAAUCUGCAAGUUAUUUGAUUCAUGCAUGAUUUUUUUUAAAUUUUCACCUUCAAUUAGCCAUUUCGGAGUUGCGCAGGGGACUGGGCACUAAUCAAAGAAAUAUUGAUCUAAUCACAAAACAAACCCCACCCCAUGAAAGGACACCC